AUGCUGUCCAAAGCACAACCAAGCCCAUGGCUGUGGUUACUAUCUAUUCUUUAUGUCUGCUGUGCGACGGCAGAACUGCAGGCUAUCAAUGCCAAGGGAUUUGAAGAACGGUCUUUGACGCAGGGCAUUUUCAUCGUCGCGUUUUGUAUGCCGUGGUUUGAACCCUGUAAAUCAUUGAAAGUUGAACUCGUGCACGCUACAGAAAGCUUUGACAAGACAUCUAAAGUAGAUGUUUAUGAAUUCGACUGCUCGAAAGAUGAAAGCUUCUGUUUGUCACUAGAAGUUUUGUCGUUCCCGACCAUUCGGGUUUUCGACCAAAGGAAAUGGACUCGAUAUCGCGGACGGCAAAAAUCAUUGUCGUAUGUCAAUAACUGCAUUGAAAGUAGAUAUAUUGCUAACUUGGAGAGAAUCGUAUCUCAUGUCUUGAAACAAGUCAUGGAUCCAGUUACUAAGAUCGAUGAACACAACUUCAGCGUUAUGAAAAGUUUAGACCGCCCAUUGAUGGCCUUCACGCGUAAAGAAGAUGACGGGCCUUCUUAUGAUCUCAUGGAUUCUCUUGCACGACAAGAGUUUUCCAACUUUGCCUUUGUUGGGGAGCUUGCAGUGGACUCCCCGCUAUUAACAGGAUUGGCUAUCGGCAGAAAGCCACCAUUUAUCACGGUUUUUAAUGCUCUAGAUGAAACGACCCCCAUAUAUGACGGACCAUUCCGAAGAGAUGAACUUUUAAAAUUCUCCAACAAGGUCUCGUCGCCGUUGAUCACACCUUUACAACUUGACAAUAUCGUGAGAUUUAUGCAGUCUGGUCUACCACUAGCAAUGAUACUUUCGGCCAACGACGCUGAACGCAAGUCCAUUGCAAGUAGCAUAGACGAUAUAGCAAUGAGAUACCGGGGAAAAGUCAAUUUUGUGACCGUCGACGCCGAGAAACAUUCGUUCACUCUUGCUCCUUUAGGACUGGACGCAAGUAUGCUUCCAGCCUUUGCAAUACAGACCAAUGAUAAUGUGUUCAAACUCAACCAGGACUUGGACCGGCAUUCGCAUGUUGCCAUCGAUGAGUUGGUGCAGCAAAGUCUUCGCUCGGUCGAAUUCAAAGUACAGUAA